GGUGCGACAACUUACAGGACGUGUUCAUCCGUUAGGUCGCCCGGGCCACAGGUGAAGGGUCUGUCUCCGAGUGGAGACGGCCAAACCACGAGUCAACUCUGGGCUCUGUCGAUGUGUGGGACGUGAUGAAGUGAUCUUCUUUCCGUACAUCUCGGGGCUCAGUUGAGGAUUAUUGUUGGUGUGUGCUAUUUCACUUUCAGGUUCCGACCGGUCUACGGCACAAGGUCGAGUGUUCUCUUUCUGGACGAGACUGUUGACGGAGUGCUCGCGUGGCGGAAAAUUCUUUCAUCAAGCAGUGUGGUUCGGCCGCCUGCGCGCACACUCCCAGGCAUGGGAGCGAACAUGGGAUGCUCAAACAGCAAGAAGAUGUCGAACGAGCCGGAGUCAGCCAACAGCGGUGACAGCACACCGCCCAAACCUUCCACACCGUCGGCGCUGGACGAAAGGUUGCCACUUUCUCAGAAGCAGAAGUACUUGCUGUUAAAGUCAUGGAAAGGAGUUGCCAGACAAAUCUCACAGUGCGGCAAAACCAUGCUGAUAAGGUUGUUUAAAGACGACCCCCAGCUCAUGGCCGUCUUCAACCAGAAAUUCCGCCACCUGAGGGAGAGAGACGCAGACGUCUUGUACCAGGACGCCAUCUUGGACGCGCAUGCGGCGACGGUGAUGGAGGCGCUGCACGAAGCCAUCACGCACCUGGACGACUCGGCGUACGUCAUGAAGGUUUUACACGACGUCGGCAAGAUGCACCAACGGUACAACGUCGACCCUGGCGUUUUCUUGAAAGUAGAAAAGCCCUUCUUGACGGCUGUGAGUGAAGUCCUCGGCGACAGGUACACAAAGAACAUGGAGGAGAUCUACACCAUCACGAUCAAGUUCAUCCUGCAGACGCUGUCGGAAGGCUCGACCAUGGCGCUGACAGAGGACGAGGAGAAGAACCUGAGCCGGCUGUGGCGGCCGCCCGGCAGGGUGCACAAGUUCGUCAGACCCGAGAAGGUGGCCGCCAUUGUGGACGCCGAAGCAGCAGAGAAUGGCGUGCACUGAUCAAAGAGAUUUAUAGGAUUAAAACAGUUGAAGCCUGAAUAGACUUUCGGGUUUGGCACAGUGCUGGACAGGCCUUCACUCGUUUUGUCUGGGGCGUGAUGUAGGAAGCGCAAGCCGCUGUUCCAAUCAACGCACCUGCGCUCUGUUAAUGACCUUCCUCAGCGCUGGAGGAGGGAUAGUGAGGAUGCAGAAGACUGCUGAUCCGGAUGUUGAUGGCCAACACGCUACACAGCCCUCAUGUUCUGUUGUGUUUAGUUUCAAAAUUUUAUUGAACUGCAGCUAAGAAAGCGGUAUUGUCUUAGACAGGUUUCAUUGCCAGUGUUUCGUCAAUUUACAGUCAAGAGUCAGUUUGCUUUCACAUCAGUACCUACACAAACUGUUCUAAAACAUCUACAUCACUCGCGAUUGCGUUAUCCGAUUCACUUAUGUAACGCGCACACGUGUUGAACGUAAUUCGUCGAAGACGAUUGAGCUACAUCCAAUUGCUUUUAAUUUAGGUAAACCGUCGACUUGUACUUCGCUGUGGCGGUAAUGUGAUAUUCCAUGGAGAUAGUUCGGUUUAAUAUGAUAUUCCAUGGAGAUAGUUCGGUUUGCUUAUAUUUUUAUCUCAAUGAUGGCGUGACUAUGGUACAAUAUUUUAGAUCCCCUGAAGCUCAAAUGUAUACAUUGUCGAGGCAAAGUUUUGUGACGUUUACAGUGCAUACGCAUGUAGGUAUUUCUAUCACAUUGUUCAAAUCCUUCUGUCGUCUCGUGUGAUUUUGUCUCACAUUCAGGUUACGACUACACGCCAUGGUAGGAUGGUCCUCCGUCCAACUGCAACAUGGGGCGAUCAAUCAGAUUAGCUUAUAACAGCAUU